AUGGCGCUAAAAGACAAAGUUGUGUUGAAGAUGGGCGACACGAUCGUCGACGUGCUGAUGGGCCCCGUCUACGUCGAGAGCCUCGUGCGCCAUUACCCGAACCACGCGGUCUUUUCGCCCGCCGACGCCAGCAGCGCCUCGCUUUUCGCCAAGCGCGAGGGGCCGCUGCCGCCGGGGCGGGUUCUUAAGCCGGGGCGCUGUUACCACCUCGUGCGGAAAGCGCAAGGGAAGGGCGGGGUUACGGGCGGAGCGGAGUGCGCGCACGCGGAUGAAGGCGGGACGGCGGGGCGGAAGCCUCCGCGGGAUUUGCGCAAGACGCCUUCCGCCAACGGCAGGAAUGAGCGCAAUUUAUCUCCGCCCUCCGCGCAUCCGCAGUCCGCCGUUCCGCCACUGGUGCACGUGCCCGCGCGGUCCCCGCCCCGCGUCACUAUUUUCGUGAAGCCCCGCCAUCGCGUCAAUCACAGCACCAGCGCCCUCCCCGACGUUUCCCCCGACGCCUCUCCGCCACACGCCCGCACCUCCGCCGCCGCCGCUCCAGCGCCGUUUGCCACAGGUGUGCACUCCCCUGCUCACGCAGAUGGCGGAGCGAGCAGGCGACGCGCGGGAGAGACAGGCGGGAUGGCGCUGAACGGGAAGACGGGGGAGAGCCACGCGGCCCAGGGCGCGGGGCUGGCGGUUUCCCCUGGGCGGCUGAUGGUGCCCGCGCUGCGGCGGUCCAGGCGCGGCAUGCACCGCCCGUGCAAAUCGUUGAGCGGAAGUCCGGAGGAGAUACGGGGACUCGCGGAAGAGGCGUGGGGGGGUGACGACGACGGGGGAAAGGCGGGGGACGGGCGAUGGCGCAGCGCGCAUGUGACUCCGCUGGGGAGCGCGCACGCGACGCCGCAUGGCAGCCCGUAUGGCAGCGCGCACGCGAGUCCCUUGCGCGGGUCGCUCCCCGCGUCAUGCAGCAAGGCGGCCGCGCCGCCCUGCGCCAGCGCGCUGAGGCCCAGGACCGCGGGCGGGGAGCGGGGGCAGGGGGAGGAGGGGGGGGGGGAGGAGGAGGAAGGGGGAGAGAUGCGGGGCGAUGGGAAGGCGGGGGAUAAGGGCGAGCAGGGGUGGGCGGAAGCACUGGUGGAGAGGAUGAGGCAGCUGAGUCCGCUGAGGGGGAGGAGCUCCUUGAGGGGGAGGAGUCUGCAGAGAGGGUGCAGCCCUGUGGGGGGGAGGGCGGAGGGGCAGCGCAGCCCUGACCUGGCACGACCGCCCUGUGCUGUGCCCAGGGGGAGCAGUUUCAGCCCGCCCCGCAUGGCGUUUGACAACGGAGAGCAUGCCUCGCAGUACCCUGAACCCCGCCCCCCCAUGCUGCAUCCCCCCACGCCCGUGCUGUUUCUCACCAGGCCCGCCCACUCGUCCCCUCCGCCUUCCCAGCGCUGCGCCGCCUCCGCCACCCCCUCGCAGCACUCUCCCCUCUACGUUGCCGCCCCCUCACACCGCUCUCCUCCUCACGAUGACACACACGGGCGUUACCAGGGGGCCUCCAUGAGCCCUCGCCCUGCGAGCCCUUGCCCUGUGAGCGAUGGGGAAGGAAGGGGAGAGAUAAUCACAGAGAUGGACACAGAGAUGGACACAGAGAUGUGGCAUGAUGGCGCUGGGAAUGAGUGGACGAGGCAGGGGCAGCAGGGGCAGCAGGGGCCACAGGGGCAGCAGGGGCAGCAGCAGGGGGGGCGCAGGGAGGAGGCACGCAGUGAAUUGAAGCGCAAGGCACGCGAUAAGCGAAGUGAGGGUGACAGGGCCAAGCAGGGGAGCAGGGGCCGUGAAGACAGUGGCAGUGAGGGCAGAGGGCGAGAGCGCAGCCCGCUGAGGCGCUUGCUGCACGCUUUAUCUCUCGACGCCACGGGCAGUGAGGGCGACAAUCCCAAGCACGGCAGUGACAGUGAGGGCAGAGGCCAGGAGGGUAGAGGCCAGGACCGCAGCCCACUGAGGCGCCUGCUGCACGCCAUUUCCCUGGACGCCCCCUCCCGCCCUGCCAGAGCCAGGCGCGCUGUGGAUGACAGCCUGGUGGGCCGCAGCAGCAAGGGCAAGUCAGCACAUGGGACACAGGGUGUAGCAGCUGCAACAACGGCAGGGGCAGCGGGCACAGCAGCAGCAGCAGAGGAGGACAUAGAGUGGCAGGCGGCGGUGCAGGCGUUCAGGCGGAGGGUGGAGGUGCUGAACGGGGAGUGCCUGUUCAACUGGUCCACGGUGACAGCGGGCAAGGAGGAGAGGCGCGCCGUGAUGUGGAAACCCGACCUGCCCGACGUGCAGGAGGCGAGUGACGCCGGGUCGUUUGCGGCGCCCAUCACACGGCACAAGCGGACACUGUCCGCUCAGAUCACCAGCUGGCUGAGCUAG